AUGGCUGCACAACAACAAGAACUAGAUGAGAAGAACCCAUUCUAUGAGUUAGUUGUUAUUUGUAGUACUUCUGGUCAAUUUGACCAAACCGUCAAUUCGUUCAAAGAUAUUAUAAAGAAGUCUAAGUUAGUAUGUAUAAAAGACUCUGAGUUGUUAGAUUGGAUAAAGAAGUACCAAAGAAGAGUUUUGAAGUACAAUGCUAUAAAUGAGUAUAUAAAUUCGAAGUUUAAAGACCCAAAUGAGGAAAUGCAGAGAAUAUUAGAGAAGAAACACUUCAGAAACAAACAGAAAGAGAUAGAAUACAUUUCGAAGAAAUUGCAAUCUUACGAUUGGAAGACUUACCCUCAUAGAUGUCUUCUUAUCUUAGAUGACUUUGCUUCUCAUCCUUUGUUAAAGAACAGAGAACAAGAUAUGUGUCGAAUUCUUAAGAAGCUCAGACACUUUAACAUCUCAGUU